AUGUUCCAUGAAAUGGAAGAAGCAAGCGUCGUUACCACUUCAGUCGUCCUAGUCGGCGAUGCUACCGUUGGCAAGACCCAUCUCUUGUCCCGAUAUAUCAAGGGUACUUUACCCCGUGCCCCUACUGCAACAAUAGGGGUGGAGUUCGCUACGAGGACGGUACCUCUUGCCGUUGGUGGCACGGUUAAAGCUCAGAUUUGGGACACAGCGGGCCAGGAGCGUUAUCGAGCAAUAACAUCAGCACACUAUCGCAGAGCAGUGGGUGCCUUAUUGGUCUACGACGUUACCAGACGCAACACUUUCCUCAACUGCUCUAAAUGGAUGGAGGAACUUCGGCAGAAUGCUGAGCCCGAUAUCGUCAUACUGUUAGUCGGCAACAAGAUCGAUCUAGUAGAAAAGGACUCUUCUACGAGACAGGUUACGACGGAGGAAGCCACGGCGUUUGCGAAGCAGAACGGUCUGUUCUUCGCUGAGGCCUCUGCAGUGUCGUCUGUGAAUGUCAAAUUCAUAUUCGAGAAUCUCCUACAAGAAAUUUAUAACCAGCGUAGUCGAGCCCAGGCCGAGGGGAAGUCUCAGCAGGAGCUAACAGCGCAAGGAGGGAUGAAGAUCGCCCCUCAUGAUCACGACCGUUAUGCUAAUAACUGCAACAAUGAGCUUCCCACUUGCCAGUGUUGA